CCGAUGUCCCAACCAAUGAAACUUGGCGGUUGUUUGGUUUUAUGCCGUUCUCUGCGCCUGCUCCGUGACCUUGCAGGUCUUACUGUUUACGGGGGUUGACUCCAUGGAAGGGAAGAUUUACAAACCAAGCAAAUUUCGACGUGUCGUUGACCUCGCUUUCCGUGGAUCUAUAAUUUUUAGCAUCUGCCUUACUGCUGGCGCUACAGCAUAUACUCUCUACCGCGUGGGGAAAUUCUAUAUUUAUGAGAAACCGGCGUUAACGAGACAGCAGAAAGAAUACGCUGAGGCUCUUCUUCGGAAGGAAAAACGUGAGAAGGAACUUGGCCUGCGUUAUUAAGGACCAGUUUUUCGUCCACUGACACCCCUCUGUGACGCGCCCACGCCGUUUUAUGCGCCGCCGCCUCUUCCUUAUUUGUCACUCUCUGCGCGACCUAUUCAUUUCAAUGUUGAACAAAAACCGUGUUUUGAAACGUCCUGCUCCGGAAGACGAGAGCCUACUUGGGUCGACCAAACUGGCUGCAGUUGAUGGAGACCCCCCCGUUAAAAAGAAGGUACAUGCGAUCCUUAUGAUGUACUGUGGAUGGGGGUACUACGGUAUGCAAAGGACCCCCACUCACCCUACCAUCGAAGGCGAACUUUCCAAAGCUCUUUUUGCGUGUGGUUACCUUGCAGACUUCACAGGGGAAGCUUACAGGAAGCUCCCGGAAAAUGAAAACGUCACCGAGAAAUUGAAUUCUGUCCUCCCCGAACAUAUACGUAUUUUAGAUGCCAUUCGUGCAACACGAAGCUUCUCGGCAAACACUGCUUGUAGUCACCGAGUUUACGAUUAUUUGCUUCCUACGUAUGCGCUCGCUCCGCGGGACUUCACUACCGAUGACUUGGUUUAUCGAUCCUUUCGGGUUUCCGCAACUACACUGACGCAUGCGAAUGUGGUACUCAAACGUUUCAAAGGAACUCAUAAUUUUUACAACUUCACUUCGGGGCGACUCCCCACAGAUAGUAGCUGUAACAGAUACAUCAUAUCAGUCGAAUGCCUACCGCCAUUUCUUUAUGAAGAUUGUGAAUAUUGCGUUAUACGAGUUGUUGGACAAUCGUUCAUGCUUCAUCAGAUCCGAAAAAUGAUUGGCCUGAUGAUUGCAAUAGUUCGUGGAAAUACUACGGAGGAUGUGUUUGACUGCGUUUUUGGCACGAAACGAGUCGAUAUCCCCAAGGCUCCAGGUCUCGGUCUGAUGCUCAGCGAAGUCAACUACGAUAGGUACAAUGCAAGAUUCGGAGAAGAUGGUUUUCAUGACCCCAUUGUUUGGUCCAAAUACGAGAAACAAAUGGAUGAAUUCAAACUGAAUUAUAUUUACAAACAUAUCCACGAGAAAGAAAUCGAAGAACGAUCUAUGAUCGAUUGGCUCAAUUCCUUGGAUGUCCACAAUUAUGGUUACCGUGUACCCUCCAGUCCUAUCCCGCUUAAACCUGCUGAGGUGAACCCCAUCCCAGUUGCGCCCCAUAUGCCUAUUGAGUCCUUACCUGAUAAGUGUUAUCCCCUCCCUCUUUGUGUAGCGCUUUCAUUGAAGGUUGACCAUGAACGCUGUAACUAUGAGAAUCAAGGUGGGUUUCGCCCUGACCGCAGAUACAUCAACCAUAUCUGUACAUUGAAACAAAUUGUUAAACUACACCACUGCUUCCAACGUCCCACGUUGGUUGUUUCUCUUUAUCUGAAGUCUGCUUUAGACGCUGUUGAUCGUGAAGAACUUUGGAGAUUUAUAUCCCUUAUGCGGACACUAUGCGAACUCCUGUGGACGCGUACGAUUACACGGCGAACUUUCGCCCGAGCUGCCCUCUCACCUUUGGUCUUCAACUUUGUUAAUGACACGGUGUAUGAAAUCCCUCUGCCUGCCUCCGACACCUCGGGAGUCGAAAUGCUUCCGGGACUUCCCCUCACAGACAUUGAGUAUGCGGACGAUAUUGCCCUCCUUGAUUCAGAUCCUUUCCGAAUACAAACCAUUUUAAAUAACCUGAAUAACUCUGCCGUACGGUUUGACAUGCGUUUCGCACCUGCUGCUAUAAGAUUGGGUGGGAUCAAACCCAAAGCUCAUGCCUGCAGACGGGCUAAUCGAUGUGGUUUAUCUGGCAAGCUGUAUAAGUUCCGGUGGACUGGCUCGAAUCGGAAAUGUCAGGACAGCUUCUACCAAACUCCCACACCUAUGGCGCCGACGUGUCGUCAGUUUGUCCGUCAAGGGAGGAUUUUGCGAUGCGGUGGUGCGAUCCAUACUGCGUUAUGA